AUGACCAAGCCAAAAACCUGGAAACAAGAUCCUGUAUGGGAUUCCCUGAGCCACGAGUUGCGCCAGGAGAUCCAGAACAGGAUCAAAGCAAUGGGCUAUAAGGGCACCCCAAUGCUGUCUUGGACUGAGGAUGGCAGUGGUGUCAUGCUCUAUCUUCCUGAACCUGGGAAUGGCAUCCACGGCCAUGCUCAGCCGGCGGCGAACUGGCCGUGUCUUUUCCUGCCCGAGGCCCACCCCAUGCCCCAGGCAACGCCUGUGCCUGACUUUGGUCCUCCACAGGCGUGCCUCCCGAACAUGGUUGAGUCUGCCCAAGAGGCUAUGUUCGUCCAACCGCACAUGCCUAUCCAGCCGUAUAUGCCCAUCCAGACGCAUAUACCUGACCAGGCAGCUAGGUUCGAGGAUGUCUUUUGGUCAAUUCCAACGCAAGCUCCUGAGCCAGCGGUAUUUCCUUUUCAUCCUACCUCGCAGCAUCUGUCUGCUGGCGGCAUGGGAAAUGCCAAUGAUUGGCUGAACGCUCCAAUUUUCUCUCCCCCAUCGAGCAACGCGUCCGCGUCCGCGUCCGCGUCCGCAUCCGCGUCUCCGUACAAAGGCAUGUACCCGAACGCCCAGAAUCCGGUGGCACAACAUCCACGGUUUCAAUCAGCAAGGAGACAAUUCCCGGCCGCGCAGUUCCCGGCGAGACAACGCCCAAUAAGGCAGAACCCGAUGGCCCAAGUCCCAAGAGAGCACGGUCCUAGGAAGCGUUCACUGGCUGGCCGAGCCCCUCCCAGCCAGGGCAAACGACUCAAGCCCGCUUCGGCUGUAGAGGUUGCGGGGAUCCCCACACCAGAAGAUGCCCAGCCGCGCGUCUUGGAACCUGGCUAUUUCGAUUUCCCAUACACGGGUGCUCCGCCUCAGCCUCUAGAGGAUCCAGCUGCUUUUGCAGCGGGCCUUCCUGACGUCUUUAUGGGAGCUCAGGCGUUGCCUAUGCGGAUGGCAGAGGACUAG